ACUCAUGAAGUGAAUGUCGAUGGAGAAUGUUCACGCUCCUCGCUGGCGUCGAGGCAUGGAUGCGUUCCUGCUCCACCUUCUUCUGCUAAUUGGAAUUGCGAAGGGAUCGAAUUACGGCUACGUGGAAUGGUCUGAAAAUGACAAGGAUCCCGAAAUCAAGGCUAAAUACCCGGUUUACAGCACCGGGGAGACGAUGCACCAGCAGCCGACCGUCUCCAGCACCGAGCGGACGGCCGUGGCGCAUAAGCUCGAGGAGGAUCUGCCUCGGGUGGUCACCGCUUUCCUGCACACGGGGGACUCGUCCACCCUGGAGCAUGUCAGCUGCUCUCGGCGGUACGAGCUGAGCAGUCUCCGCGGUGGAGCUCACGCCGCCUCGCACUCCUCCCUCCACGGCGUCCUCGACACCAUGACGCACGCCACCAACAUCCUAAACACGCUCCUGCAGUCCAACAGCUCCAGGGAGCAGCACCCGAGGAGGGAUGUCCAGUGGUACCACGCGCUCGUGACGAGUAUGUUGGAAGGGAAUCCUAAAAUCCACCGGGCGGUGCUCACAUUUCACACGGAGUCUCCCGAGGCGCCCGGUCCGCAGGUGUUCCUUCAGGCGACCAGAAGCGAGGAGCGCAUAGUGCUCCAAGAUCUGUCCAACACCGCGCGCCAUCGCCUUAAACACAGGACGCCCGAGUCUGACUGGUACAACGAGUUUCGGGACCGAAAGAGACCCCAGAGGCUGGCCAACAGUCGAGGGUUUCCAGCAGCGCAGGACAGGAGUCGUGUCAAGUGGUCUGCGCCCUUUCUCGAGUGCGAGCACGGCAGGUUUGUGCCCCACUGGCUGCUGACGCUCUCCGCGGGUUUCUAUGGUCUGAAGAAUCACACUGCGCCGGAGUUUAGAGGAGUCGUACGUGUGGAUGUUGAUCUGCAGGAUGUGGACAUUGACCAGUGCUCCAGCAGCGGCUGGUUUGCAGGAACCCACCGCUGUAACUUGACAACUAUGGAGUGUAAACCGAUUGCAGGCCAUGGAUUUGUGCUGGACAAGUACAAGUGCCAAUGCAAGAGUGGGUUCUACCACCCAAGCCAAGUGGCGCUCAAUGGCUUCUCGAAAUCAGACCGAGGAACGUACUCUGAUGAAUCCUGGGAGCUGUCCGGGAGGUGUUUGCCCUGCAGAGAAGGCUGUCCGUUCUGUACGGGUGACACCCCGUGUCUGGCUCAGGAGGACACGGCCCUCCGCCUCGCCAUGGUCUCCUUUCAGGGCUUCUGCAUGCUCCUGGACCUCAUCAGCAUGGUGGUCGUCUACCACUUUCGUCGCAACAAGAGAAUCAAAGCAUCUAGUCUUAUACUUCUUGAAGCGAUUCUUUCAGGAUCUGUACUUCUCUACUUCCCUGUUAUGAUACAGUAUUUUAAUCCAAGUGUUUUCCGGUGUAUUCUCCUGAGAUGGGUGCGUUUGCUCGGAUUUGCCAUCGUCUAUGGAACAGUGAUUCUCAAACUGUACAGGGUUUUAAAGGUUUUCCUAUCCCGCACCGCACAGAGGAUCCCGUACAUGACCAGCUGGAGGGUUCUGCGUCUGCUUGCUGUGAUUUUGCUGGUGGUCGUGUGGUUCCUUGUGGCCUGGACUUCAGCCGUAUGCCAGAGCCCUGACACCCAUGACGCCCUCAUCGAUAUCGGUUUGACCCCAGAGGGCCUGCAGUUCAGCAUGUGCCUGAUGGACAGCUGGGACUACAUGAUGGCUGCUGCGGAGUUCCUGUUCCUGCUGUGGGGAGUGUAUUUGUGCUAUGCUGUAAGGACCGUUCCCUCUGCUUUCCACGAGCCACGCUACUUGGCAGUCGCCAUUUAUAAUGAACUCCUCAUCUCUGCAAUAUUUCACAUCAUUAGGUUCUCUCUUGGCACUGGGCUGCAUCCAGACUGGAUGCUAAUGUUAUUUUUUGUCCAUACGCAUCUGACAGUGACGGUUACUCUGGGAUUACUUCUCAUUCCAAAGUUCUUGUUCACUGGAACUCAUACACGUGAGGAUAUAGCCACAGAGGCUUAUGAAGAUGAGCUGGAUAUGGGUCACUCAGGCUCCUGUCUGAACAGCAGUAUAACAUCUGCCUGGAGUGUGCACAGUUUGGAUCCUGAGGACAUUAGGGAGGAGCUCAAGAAACUCUAUGCCCAACUGGAGGUCUAUAAAAGGAAGAAGAUGCUGGCCAAUAACCCUCACUUACAGAAAAAACGCAGUUCCAAGAGAGGACUUGGACGGACACUAAUGCGCCGCAUCACAGAAAUACCAGAGACAGUGAGUCGGCAAUACAGCCGGGAAGAUCGAGAUGCAAGUGACCACGGGAGUAACAGAGGCACCCUGAGGAGAAACCCAUUUGACCCAUCUCACUCCGGGAAGUCAAGGGAAGAAUCAUUAAAAAGAAAGAUGUUCUCACUGAAGAGAUCUCAUAGCUAUGACCAUACACACGACCAAGGAGGGGAAACCAAUGGUGUUUGUGAAGAUAAAAUUGAGAAUUCUACUACUGAGGCUUCUCUGCUUGACACCUUGAUGGGGCGGAGGUCCAACAAGAAGAACCCUGAGGUGCCAAAGGUCGAGUUAGCCGAAUCUACUGAGUCAGUGCCCUUAGUGUGCAAGUCCGCCAGUGCACAUAACCUAGCAGCGGAAAAAAAGCCUGUACAUCUUCGGACCUCUAUGUUACAGAAGUCACUGUCUGUCAUUGCUAGCGCCAGAGAAAAGAAGCUGGGCAUUACGGGGAAGACCCACAGUGUGGAAGAUGCCAGUAAAAAGGGUCUCAAAGCAAAGGACAGCUCAGCACUUUCAGAAGUGGACGAAUCCCCUGAGUGUUUACCCAAAAUGAUCAUCAGCCAGUCGGUUGAGUACACCAAAACACCUAGUAAGAUGGGCAUCAUGAAGCAGCAGGUGAGUGGCAGUCAGCCUUCCAUUUUUUCAGAACCAGGGAAGAGCAAGGACCUGUAUGAUCUCUCUGAGGUGUGCCCUUGGGAGGUGGAGGAGUUACCCACUCCAACAGAGGGCAAGUCACAGAAGCAUGUUUCCAUUGCCCCCAAUGAAACCAAUACAAAUGGGAAAAGUGGACACAAGUCUCAACACAAACAAAAAGGCUUGGGCCAAUCUCUGUCAAACCGGCGCCGCUCCAGAGAUAAGACUGGGGACAGGGAUGAAGGGAGGAAACCCAAAUCACCACUCAACCUCAAUGCCCACAAAGAUGCAAGUCCAUGGAGCUUUGAGGAUGUAUCGGUGCAAUCAAUGGAGACUGUACGACUGUCCCCAGAGAGAACAAGCCGCAAAAAAAGUGUCACUCCUACAGAUGGAAAAGCCAAAAUCAUCUUCUCAGACAUCUCCAAAUCCACGGGUAGCCUUUUACAGCCUCCAGCUCUCAUGGUUGAUAUCUGUCCUUGGGAUUACGAUCCCCCUCUGUCCCCCAACCAGGACAAGACUUCCAGCCCCACACAUCAUUCAAAGAGAAGAGAUUCUUGCUCGAAAAGAAAAGGAUCAUGCUCCUCCAAAGAGAAAGCUAAGGAUAAAGAUGAUGAUAAACGAUCGUCCAAAAAUAAGGAGCGAAGAAGCUCCUCAAGCAAACCCUCUGAGAAGCGUCGCACAAGCCAAACAUUAGAGGGGGACCAAGUUCCCACAGUGGCAUCUGGCAGGAGGAGGAGCUCCACUAGAGACUCCGCCAUCAGCGGCAGUAAGCGUGCUGAUGUUUGCCCCUGGGAGACAGAGGUAUUGCCCAGUGUUAUCUCAAAUGAUAAACAGCCUCCAACGACUGAGAACCACACAACUCAAACACAGUCCACUUACCUCAACACGGCUGAUGUUUGUCCAUGGGACUUUGAAGAGAAGCUGUCAGGGAAAAGUGCAUGACACAGCAAUCACAUAAUUAUACCACUCCAGUAGGGUGUCUGAGAUGGCAGAUUCCAUAUUUGAAAGUCAAGGCCCAUUCACACCAAGAAAGCUAACUGUAACAGUAACUGGCUUCCACAUCAACAACAGACACUAAUGUGCACUGCAGUGAUGUCGUCUGCCACUUUAAAUGCAGAAGCUCCUUGAAGAUGGAUGGGUUCUGAUUGGCUAUAAAGGGUUUUUAUCAUUUGUCAGCUGGAAAACGUAAUUCUAAACAUGAUAUUGCUGUUGUGUGGACUAUUUUUCAUAUAUUUAUAACAAUUACUUAACCUUUAUAGUUAUGGCUAUCGUUCUUGGUGUGAAUGGGCCUUUAGCCUUAUUUUCACAUUUAUUUGUUUUACGUUUUAAAUAAGUUUGCAUAUAUACCAAGUAAAACACUUUUUCAGUUUUAAACUUAUGUGCAAGUUUUUAAACCUCCACUGUAUUGCCAACGGUACACUGAGUGUUUUAGGCGAUUUAGGCAAAUUUAACAGGAAUGCAAAUGGGUUAAUGCUUGUUAAUGUAUAAUGUAAAAGUUUCAACAACAAAAAUUGGCUUCCAAUUAAAAUUUAAAUAUAGUGCCUUGCAAAAGUGUACAAACCCCUCUCAUUUUCAGUGUCAAGCUUGAUAUUUAAUGUAUUUAUUAAAAACAAUAUAAAUACAUAAAUAAAUAAAUAAAUAAAAAACAUUCUGAAGUGCACACAGUGGAUGUCCCAGUAGCACUUUUGCUUCAGUUAUAUAAUAAAUAUACUGCAGUUAUAAUAUAUUAUAAUACUGCAGUUUUUAAAUUCAGUAAAUGAGAGAAUUUGUUUUUGUGGUUUGAAGACCUUCACAAGGCACAGUUAGAGAGAGUGGGGUAAGAUGAGACACAUCUUGUAUCUAGGAAACUGCAUAAUUAUAUAUUUUUUACUAUUUAUUUUAAGCUGUAAUAUUUGACGAAAUAAAGCACAGAAUACUAACCCUACCUGUUUUUACUCCAGUUAGUAAUUCUCAGGGCAGGUUUAUUAUUAAUAAUUUUGAAGGUCAAUACAUACAUACAUACAUACAUACAUACAUAUAUAUAUAUAUAUAUAAUUGUUGUAUUGAUAAAUACUUUGAAGAUUUGGCAGCACAUAGUUGAAAUAGUUGCCAAAAGUAACUUUAAACUACAGGUAUAUAAAUAUAACAGAAAACAAGCAUUUGUGUAACAUUUAAAAUAUAGCUGUUGUAAAGUUCCAAUGUGGCAACUAUCCCCAGUCUCUAUAUCAUACAUGUUGAUGACUCAAUAGAUACUAACUAUAUAUAAAUGAUUUGGCUGAAUAAUACAACUGAAACAUAACAUAGUUUUUAUUUUAUUUUAUUUUUAAUGGUGGUUGGUGGUUAAAAAUUACCUACGGGAAGGUUGAACUCGUAAGAAAUCUAAUUUCAUUGGCCCUAUGCUUUAAAUUAUUUUUUGUAAUAGCAGUUUUAUAAUAGCAGGAGGCUCAUCUUACCCUAUUCUUAUCUACAUUUUAAAUUGAAUUAUAAAUUACAAAAAUGCAAAAACACUCCUUUAAAACUUCUAUGAACAACAAUAUUCACCUGAUGCUCACUUUAAGUGUGAGUGAUUGAUAAUUAAGAUCGGUCUUUUAAAAAUAUAUCCUAUAUUGCUCAAAAUUUUCUUAAUUGCUUAAAUUUACCAAAUAUAUUUAGGGAUAUUUUUAAUAUUCAUGGGUACUAUUUUAGACAUGGUCUACAAUGCUUUCAUUUAUUCAUUUAUUUUAUACAAUGAAUGGUAAAGAUCAGACAACUGUACACCAGCAGGUUGCAAUUUAAAUCAGUUGCUUCAUCAUUCUCUGUAAAACAUUUGUAUCAGUAAACUGCAUGAAUGCAAGUAAACCAAGCUACAUUUUGAAUCGGUGUUGAAUAUUGACAGAGAAUUACAGUUCAAAGCAUUUGUUUGAUCAUUGCAUGGGAACACUUCUCUGUUGAAUUGUUGCUGGUACAGUAUUGUUUUCCCCCGUUUUACAGAACCGUUUCCGUUCUGUUGUGAUUUGUAUCAGUAUCAACUACUGUCUUACAACAUAAUCAGUGAUGUCACACUAUUGAUGAUUGUUGCAUCAAUGUAUACAAAGUCACACUGGCUCUUGCAUGACAGUGAGUAGGUUUGUCUUUUUACUGCACAUGAAAUUCUGAAUCAGCAGGAGUGUUGUGAGUCUACUGAAUAUGUCAAUGCAAAGAUACAUUCCUAACUUCAGUAUUAUUCAGUUGUUAUGCUCAAUAGCAAUUCACCCAGGAACAUUUCUACUGUAAAUAAAUAUUGUGUGUUUCGCAUGUACAUACAAAACUUCCUGCAAUAAACAUUUUGUGUUCUGA